AUGAGUUCAAAAUCGGAUUCAGGGAGUUCAGAGUCUUUAUCAGAAGAAACUUCUAGUUCUGAACUUGAUUAUGACAUUGAGCACGACGAUAGAGCGAUGUCUCCAGGUAAUGAUGCAUAUAGAAACGCUGGUUGCGUUCAGGAGGAAUGGGAAGACAGCCUUGAGCCAUAUACUGGGGAGCCUUUGGCUGACGAAGAAUGGCUGAAAAGCUACUAUGCAAGGAGAACCAGGACCGAAAAGCAGUCUGCAGUGUUAAACAACAGAUUUAACGGACGUUUGCCCAUAAGUUUGUGGUGCAAAUGUGAAAAUUGCAAAACUGAGCAGUUAACCAAGCCCAAUGAAUGCAAAUGUUGCACUGAGUUGGAAGCAGUAGCAUCAGCACUGACAAGUGAAAUUGUGGUGGAUGAAUUUGGCUCUGUGCCUAAAUGUAUUACAGAGCAUCCAGGAUUUAGGCCAUUGUGCCUAGAGCCCUGGUCACUGAGAUUUGCAGCUGAUAAAUACAAAACGAAGCUCAAAGAAAGAUACAAGAAAACAAAAUCAGAUUUCAGGUUCUUUCGUGCUGUAUCAUACAGAGAAUUUACAAGGCUUGUUCAUGGACGUCUGGGAACAGAAAGGAUCCCCCUCCCAGCUUGUGCCUACAAUGUUAUCCGUCAACAAUUUUCAGAACAGGACUUAGUUGGUUAUCAUUCGGAAUAAUUAUGAUAAUUAUAAUGCAAUUUUUUAAUGAUGGUAACCUAUUGGCCUGAGCUAGUUUUCUAAGGCCAUCAUGACUGGUCAUAUUAUAACAUACUUGAUAAAAAUCUUAUUGCAAUGUGUGCUUAAAUAUUUUAUUUUAUUUACAAAAUACAAGGCUAGAGGAGUGCUUGGCUUCUUUCUUAAGGCUGUUCCAAAAACUUGCCCCCCUAGUAGGAGAAAUCCUUUGGUGAAUCUUGUUUUUUACAGGGCAAGUUCUGAUUUUCUGGUGAAUCUUUUUAGCUCUCUAUUCAAACAUUGUCUUCUUCUAGUAAAAAGGUUUUGCAAAUAUUCAUUGCAUAUAUAAUGUAUUCAGAUUACCCAGGAUUUUAAUAACAGUCCUAUUUCAAAGCCUCUACAAUCAAUUUAUUUCCUUUUUGCCAGGGCAGCCCUAUAUAAAGUAGAAGCAUUUAGGUUCAGCUUUAUGAUGUUUAUGUACAAUUUCAUUUAAGUCCAUCAACGACAAUGAGUGUUGCCUCCAUCUUCUAAUUGUAUGGUUCUCUGGAUCAAGUUCUUUGUACUAGAAAUACAAGAAUCAUAGGUAUCUCAUCAUUAAAAAUUGUUUCAAGCAAGCUACCAACACAAUUUUUAACAUGUAAAUUUAUAUUGUUUUUUUCUAUCAGAAGUUUGCAAUCUUGGUUUUCUAGAACACCGUAAUUUUCCAAGCACAAUUUUCAUUAUCAUUGACUGGUAGCAGAACAUGGAAUGAUAUUUACUAUAUUUACCAGUACUUGUAGAUGGGACGGCUUCAGUGACCAUUGAUUUUCGGGCAAUGUGCUUUGCUUUACUGGCAGCUUUGUCCUGUUUAUCAAGCAUGGUAUUCAUGGGACAGGGAGUUGACUCUAUCAACUCUGCAAGGACAACUGGCAGGCUUUCAUUUAUAACGGACUCUUCCAUGAAUUUAUAAAUUUCAUCAACAUAAUC